CUGGCAGGGCUGCUUCCAGUCCACUUUAUUAAUUUAACGGCAGCUUUUAUCCAAUCAGAUUUCACCUCCACAGUCUCUAUGGAAGACGAGCAGCUCAUCUCAGGCCUUCACACAGGCCAAGACAAGUAAUCUUCAACCAAUCAUAUCGUUAGUUUGACCUACUGGGUGUAUUUUUGUAGGUCUUCUGGCCUUCUCAAAGCUCAUGAAAGUGCGUCAGAUUAACCUGCGCUGUGAUUGGUUAGUGGGCCCGCAUGCAGUUCAACUGAGAGGAAAAGGAGAUAGAUCAGCGGGGGUCAAGAAGUCACCAACAUUUUAGUUUUUUGCUUUUAACUUUGAAUGGCGGAAGGAGGAGAAGCGGACUUGCUAGAAACUAGAACUAGAAAAUGCACAGCCCGCCACUGCGAUUCAGGGACCGCAAGUAUAACUUUGUUUCUCUUUAUAGUAUAAAAUUCUGAUAUAUUAGUCAAUGUUAUUUCAAGUAAGAGCAAGACAUUAAGUCAUAUAAUCUGGGGGCCAUCACAUGGGCACUUUAAAUAGUUAUAAAUGAUAUGUAAUGAUACUACACCAUCUAAAGAUGAGGCAUUUUCUAUUAUAAAACAUGGCACCUGAAUGCAGCAUUAUUGAUGACGAGACCAAGCGUCAAUUCAGGUGUUUCCCAUUUAAGGGAAGAGGUAUGCUGCGUUUCCAGUUAUGCGUGUAUUGCCUGAAUGCAAAAUUAUGUAACCAUCGACAUAACAAUAUCAUUCAGUUCUAAUUUAAUUAGUAGAGUGCAUGAGUCAGUCCUCAGUUUGGGAGAAAUAUUCUGCUUCCUACCAACUUGUACCAACCGGGGGCAGAAAUACACAAUCAUUUGAAUGGCGCCUUCAGGUGUCGCAUGACGCCCUCUUGUGGCCAUGAUAGGCCACUACAACAACUCUCACUCGGCUUCACUUAUUCAAGGCGAGCUGGAGAACAGUUUUGGAUGUUUAGCUGUUUUCUUCUCAGUUAAAUUCUGAGUUGCUCUGAGUUUAAUCCUUUAUUCAUUCUUGACUCUGGACAUGUUUUCUUUUCCAAUGCCCUUCUUUACAUUCGUUAAUAAUAAAAAAACAUAAAACAUAGUAAAACAGCUCCACAAGACCUGUCAAAGUAUAUAUUUAUUUUAUAAUAAUGGGUUGAGAGGAAAUAGAUGUCAAACAAAGUUGCCAAUCAAAACUUGGGGAUAGUGCAGCCAAAAUAAACAGAAUUUAAUUGAAUGAAAUCAGGAUGUGUGAGGAGUGAAAUGUUGUGUACUGUCUUUAGCUGGACAGGAACUGCUUCAGAGAGCUAAACACAUCUCUAAAAUGCCUGUUAAUUUACCAAUAUAACAGCCUGUAACACGGACCAAUAUAGCAACCUCCUCGAAAAAUGAGAUGAAGCCACGUUUUAAUGGACGGAUUAACGUUGCACACCGAACUAUUGAGACUUCAGGACUGACUUUGGUUUUUAGCCCAAUUGUGAAUCAAUCCUGAACAGCUGAGAAUAGAAGCACAACAACAGAAAGAAAGAGUAUAACGCCAAACACCUGUCUCAUAAUCAGUGUGAAGUGAUCACACCUGCUCAGCAAGCCCGCUGGAUCACGUCUCCUUCAGAUAAAGGUUCGGCCGAGGCGUUUAGUGAGCACUGCUCCUGUCUUUGUUGAGGUCCUGCUUCACUAUGUGGUUUCUGGUUUUCAUCUGCUUGGUCACUGGUAAGAACUGAAGCCUUCAAACUCUGUAUUGUGCUUAGCUGUGAUGAUCUGAUAAUCAUUAUCAAUUCCUCUCCUUGCAGCCGUUGGUGGUGUGCCUGUUCAUCCAACCCAGGAGGCCACAGUUGGCAUGGUCUCUGUAAAUCACACCCAGAAUGGGACUGGUCCUGAGGCAGGUACGGCGACUUCAAUGCUUGAGCAACAGCAGACCAGUGCAGAAGAACUUGAAGACAAUCAAAAUGUCGAAGAGGGAGAUAUGUUGACUCUGUUCCAGGAGGACAGGAACGCUGUACAGACUGUGUGGUCGGACGCCAUCAUGCCGUACACCAUCAGUGAUGCGCUGGCCGACCGAAAGGAUAACAUCCUCGCUGCCUUCAAGAUGAUAUCGGAUGUGUCCUGCAUUCGCUUCGUACCGCACACCGCGGAGUUCAACGUCCUCAACAUCGAAGAUGGCAAAGGCUGCGCCUCCUUCGUCGGUUGUCAAGGAGGAGAACAGCCGCUGUAUUACAGCAGCAAGUGUAGAGUGGGGAACCUCUGCCAUGAGCUCAUUCACGCUCUGGGUCUGCACCACGAACACACCCGCGAGGACCGGGACGAGCACAUCACGGUGCAGUGGGAGAGCAUCGUGCCAGGGAAAGAAUCAAACUUCAAGGUGCAACAGGGAAACACUCAGAACCUGCCGUAUGACAUCAACUCCAUAAUGCACUAUGGGCCGUAUUUCUUCAGUCAAGAUGGGAGUCAGACUGUGGUGCCCAAGCAGAGUGGGGCGGACAUGGGUCAGCGAACACACCUCAGCGAUCUGGACAUCAAGAGACUGAACAAACUCUAUCACUGUGAUGAUCGGAUGUAACCCCAAUGAGCUUCAUUUACUGACCUGCAUUGUGAGAUUUAAUAAAAUGCAUAAAAUCUG